GGUUAGCUUCUUAAAAGUAAACUGUACAAACGUGAUUGGCUUUUCUUUUCUUAUUAACUUAUUUUAACCAAUUAAUGUUUCGGGGAUAUUUUUAGUUUUAAUUUAGAUAUAAGUCUCUCUGAUGUUAACAUUAAUUUGCGCCAAAAUAUUCACUAUUUUGUAAUAUAGCCAUUAGCGACCCCGUAACCUUGGCGUCUUUUGCAUGAGGAGCAGAUUUUGCUUCACAUUUUAAUCAUGUCGGCUGUUUGUCGCACUUUAAACUUCCUGACAAUUAAGACCCUGAAAGAAGGAGCAGUUUUGUCGCCUUGCGGGUGGUUUGUGUCUGCACGCAGCAAAUUUUCCAAAACACGAAUUCCUAAUGAACAUUUCGCUGAGAGAUCCAAAGAGCAUGCAAAGUACGGGGGCGAUCCAGAGCAACCUCACAAACUGCAUAUAGUGACCCGGGUCAGAAGCGUGAUGCGAAGGCCCUACUGGGAGAAGGAUAUUGUGAAGUAUUUUGGACUUGAAAAGGCUCACAAGCCUGUAAUCCAUAAAAACACACCUUCAGUUAAUAACCAGCUGAAAAUUAUCAAGCACCUUGUAAGGAUACAGCCAUUGAAAACUCCACAUGGGCUCCCCGCUGAGGAGGACAUGGCCGACACGUACAUCAACAGCAAAGGAGAGCUGAUUGUGCGUCGCCUCCUCCAACCUGUCGACCAGAAGGCUAUUGAGUCGUAGUUCUGCUCUGCAAUAUUUGUUUCAAUUUCUAACUGUUAAUAAACAUAAAAUAACUGUUUGUUUUUUUCAAGUGUUCUUUGAUCUUGCAUGGAAUAGUAUGCUGUGCAGGGAUAACAUUAUUUAGAAAUCCUUUGGCACAUUUUGAGCAGGAAUACAAAGCACCCAGUUUAUCUGAAUAAACCAUAAAUCGAUUGGAAAUGUAAAAAUGGUGUAGCAAAGCUUAUCUAUACUUAAUGCAAAUGGUUUUAUAUAUCACCUUUAGACACUUCAUACUUCCCUGUUAACUUUUUAGAACAUACUGAUUUCCAGCAACUUUGCACUACGAAAAGGUAAAAUACCUCUUAAAGACAGUAUAAAUGAGCCCUUAUGUAUUCCUUUCAUGGCAAUAUGGCCUUUAGGGAUGUGUGGAAUUUAAUUUUGAGUAAAACCAUUGGCAAAUCCACUUUUUCACUCUCCCACAUGCUAUAAAGGGGACAUAUAGAGCAA